AUGGGCUCUCAUCGUAUUCCCCGGUUGGACAGUGCUCGUUCUAUGGGAUAUCGGCUCCGAGACGCUCUGAAUCUUAAAGUGGGGUUGGCUCAUCAUCCACGGGAUCUGGAUAGACAAAACUCUCCAAUCUGCUUGACGACCCCUCAAUGCCUUCUUGAGUGGCUAGGUCAAGCUCCAUCCUCAUUGCACUCGUUAGGACUCGUCGUUCUCGAAGACCUCGAGCUCUUAGAUGCCACCUCUGAGAUGGCGAUAUCCCUACUGCUCCAUGCAACCCAAUCGAAGCCGGUGCGAAUAAUCGGGCUCGCAGCCGCACUCAACAACUCGGAGUCUCUCGCAGAGUGGCUAGGAGUUCCCGAAGAAGGCACAUACUGCUUCCCACCUACCGAGCGUGAUCAAGCCGUUAGCAUCACGUUUCAAACAUUCACUAUUCCCUACUCUGCCGCACUCAUGAAGGUUAUGUCCAAGCCCGUCUAUGAUGCCAUACGCACCAACUCGCGUGACGAGGCUGCCAUAGUCUUUGUUCCGUCCAUAUCCCAAUGCAACAGUGUGGUCGCCGACCUGAUCACUCAGUGUACGUUGGCAAUGAACCUUCGAGGAUUCCUAGGGAACGACAUAUCUCAGGACAUACUAGAAGGAUACGUCUCCCAGAUAAAGAACACUGACCAGCGCGAUGGUCUCAUGCAAGGCAUCGGUAUAUGGCACGAGAGAAUGGACCUAGCAGACCGAACACUCGUGCUGCAACUGUUUGCCGAAGAAGUCAUCAAGGUACUCAUCGUACCUCGCGAGGCAUGCUGGACAAUCCCUGUACGAGCUGGCCUUGUCAUUGUCAUGGGCACUCAGUAUGUCGUUCGUCGCGUGGUACCGGGGCCGGAGGCGGAUGUCAAAUUUGAGCGACAGGUCGUCGACUAUACCAACCACGAGUUAGUGCGGAUGGAAGGGCGAGCAGUUCGCCACGGCAAGACGGGACGCCUCCAUGUCCUUUGCCAAUCCGAGCACAGGGACAUCUACAUGCGCUUCCUGACAGACGGGCUACCACUCGAGUCGAAGCUUCUUGAAGCUCGGGAAUCGGAGGACGCUGGUUCUUUUGUCCUCAUUGACUGGAUCAAGGAACAACGCAAAUGUGGCCUUAAACGGCAGGAUGUGCUGGACAUGUUGGAUGGCACAUUUUUUGCGCGUAGGAUACUACAGAACCCUUCAUACUACGACGUGGAUGCUUCCCCUGCGACGUACUUGUCCAGACUAGUUGACAGGCUGUGGCAGCACUCGGAGCUCACUGUAGCUAGCACUAGUGUGUAG